AUGCUCGAGGUGGAUACCAGCGAAGAGGCAACAAAAGAAGUCCUCGAAGACAAGAAGUACCUCAGAGGCCUACCUAGCCGCGUCAUUGAUGUGCCUGGUAUUCGCAUGGAAGUCAAGGGCGAUGAGACUGUCAUCUCAGUCCGCGACAAGUUCCCUCCCGGAAGCAUCGCGCUUUUUGAGACUUGGAUUCCUGCUGCCGAACACUCUGCUGGUCUUGACAAUUACGUCACGUCUGGUGCCAAAAAAGCUUUUGCUGACCUGAGCCUUAUCGAUCUCAAUUUUCUCCUCUACAAAUGCGAGGCUGAGGAGAGAGAUGGCAGCGAUGGAGCGGAUGGCUGCUACGACAUUCCUGGCCACGGCAAGCUGGUAUAUGCCGGCCUCCAGGGCUGGUGGAGCCUUUUGAAAGAUAUCAUUCCCGAGAACAACCUCGCUCAUCCCCUGUGUCAGCAUCUUCGAGAUGGCCAGUGGGCCCUUGACUACAUCGUCGGCCGGCUGGAGCGCGCAGCCAAGAAGCCUGGGCAGGAGGCCCUCAAGAAGCCCGCCGACUGGUUUCAAGAGCGAUUUGAUGCCCUGCGACAGAUCCCAAGCUUCCUCCUUCCGCGAUACUUCGGCCUUCUUCUCAGGACCUCCUACAUUGCAGCUUGCGAGCGCGGCAUUGAGCUGAUGAGCGCCAACGUGGGUCAAGGCCAGUGGUUCCUGCAAAGCCUUGCCAUGGUUGGCGUACAGCAGACAGGUCUUGUCAAGUCUGGGUCUCUGUAUCCCAAAAAGUUGGUGCCUUCGCUCGCGGCAGGCCUUCCCCACUUUGCCGUCGAAUGGGCACGAUGCUGGGGUCGCGACGUAUUCAUCUCGCUCCGUGGCCUGUACCUUGGCACCGGUCGCUUUGAGGAGGCAAAGGAGCACAUUCUGGCCUUCGCCAGCGUCUUGAAGCACGGUCAGAUCCCCAACCUCCUCAGUAGUGGCAAUGCGCCCCGGUACAACUCUCGCGACUCCAUCUGGUUCUUCCUGCAGUGCAUUCAGGACUAUGUUAAGUAUGCGCCAGAAGGUGUUGACUUCCUCAAGACCAGUGUCAAGCGCCGCUUCCUCCCGUACGAUGACACUUGGUUCGACACAGAGGACUCGCGAGCGUACUCACAGGAGAGCACCAUUGAGGAUGUUAUUCAGGAAGCGUUGCAGAGGCACGCCACGGGCAUGGCUUACCGCGAGGCCAAUGCUGGCCCAGGCAUCGACAGCCAGAUGAAAGACGAAGGCUUCAACAUCGCCAUCGAGGUUGACUGGGAAACCGGCAUGGUCUUUGGCGGUAACCAAAACAACUGCGGCACGUGGAUGGACAAGAUGGGCGAGAGCGCCCGCGCGGGCUCCAAGGGCGUGCCUGGCACACCUCGUGAUGGCGCCGCUGUGGAGAUCACUGGUCUUCUGUACAGCACGCUUGCGUGGCUGGCUAAGCUCAGCAGCGAGGGGAAGUAUCAGUAUUCGUCCGUCAAGAAGGCAGACUCUUCUUCCAUCAGCUUUGCCGAUUGGGCGGACAUUCUACAGGCAAACUUUGAACGGUGCUACUUUGUGCCUCUCUCCUCCGAUGAGGAUGCGAAGUACGAUGUGAACCCGGCAGUCGUCAACCGCCGAGGCAUGUACAAGGAUCUGUACCGUUCCGGCAAGGAAUACGAGGACUAUCAGCUGCGACCCAACUUCCCCAUUGCCAUGACGGUGGCUCCCCAGCUCUUUGACCCCUCUCAUGCCAUGCAGGCUCUGAACCUCGCCGACACGGUCCUUCGCGGUCCCACAGGCAUGGCUACGCUUGACCCUGCCGACCUCAACUACAGGCCAUACUACGUCAACAGCGAGGACAGCGAGGACUUCGCGACAUCCAAGGGCCGUAACUACCAUCAAGGCCCCGAAUGGCUGUGGCCAACGGGCUUUUUUCUGCGUGCGCUAUUGAAGUUCGAUCUCAAGAGGCGUGACACCGACGCUGGCAGGACCGAGGCCUACCAACAAGUGACAAGAAGACUUAUCGGUUGCAAGAAAAUGAUUCAGGAGAGCCCGUGGGCCGGCUUGCAGGAGCUGACCCAGAAGAAUGGAGCGUAUUGUGGUGAUUCGUCGCCGACUCAAGCCUGGUCGGCCGGAUGUUUGAUCGACCUGUAUAUGGAUGCUGCAGAGGAGCAAGGCGGUGUCGCGGGGAACCUCACUCUGCCCACGAGGACCAAGUAG